UGUCACGUGACCUCACCGAGGUUAUAAAUAGGAGGGAUCUUCUCUCACUCCAUCUCUUUUCCACACUAGCAUUCGUCGGGAAUCGACCUCGUCCAUCGUUUUACUCUGCGCCGUCUAUUCAUUUCAGUGCCAUGCCGGAAUCAUCUCACAAAUAUAUCAACGGUUUUCAAAACGGCCACAUGGAGGAAACGCCAGACGAGGAAACGUUUCUAUUCACCUCAGAAUCCGUCGGCGAGGGACAUCCAGAUAAAAUGUGUGAUCAGAUAAGUGAUGCUAUAUUGGAUGCUCACCUAAAACAAGAUCCAAAUGCUAAAGUUGCAUGUGAAACUGUCACCAAAACAGGGAUGGUAUUGCUCUGUGGUGAAAUCACAUCAAAAGCUGUUGUGGACUAUCAAAAAGUAGUCAGAGACACCAUCAAACACAUUGGAUAUGACGACUCAUCUAAAGGGUUUGACUUCAGAACGUGCAACGUUCUGUGUGCCUUGGAAGAACAGUCACCAAACAUAGCAAAAGGAGUUCACAAAGACAAAGACGAUGAAGAUAUAGGGGCCGGUGAUCAGGGACUGAUGUUUGGCUAUGCUACGGAUGAGACAGAGGAAUGUAUGCCACUGACAGUCACGUUGUCACACAAGUUGAACCAAAGGAUUGCUGAUCUCCGUCGCAGUGGAGAGUUCCCCUGGGCUCGUCCUGACAGCAAGACCCAGGUUACCUGCGAGUAUUGCUUUGUACGAGGGGCCUGUGUACCUCUACGAGUACAUACAGUUGUCGUCUCUCUCCAACAUUCAGAGAAGGUCAGUCUGGAAGAAUUGAGGCAGCAAGUCAAUGAAAAAGUCAUCAAAGAAGUGAUCCCAGCUAAAUAUCUUGAUGCCAACACAAUUGUUCACAUCAAUCCCUGUGGAGAAUUCAUCGUAGGAGGACCUCAGGGAGAUGCUGGCUUGACUGGUCGCAAGAUCAUCGUAGACACAUACGGAGGCUGGGGAGCCCAUGGUGGAGGAGCGUUCUCAGGCAAAGACUUUACUAAGGUGGACCGCAGUGCAGCCUACGCUGCCCGCUGGGUCGCCAAGUCACUGGUCAAAGCCGGCUACUGCAAACGUUGUCUUGUGCAGGUUUCCUAUGCUAUUGGAGUUGCCGAACCUAUCUCCAUAACACUGUUUGACUACGGCACGUCAACUAAGUCACAGAAAGACCUUCUUGCCAUUGUUAAGAAGAAUUUCGACCUGAGGCCUGGAAAGAUUGUGAGGGACCUCAACUUGAAGAAUCCUAUCUACCAGAAGACAAGUUCCUAUGGUCACUUUGGACGAGACAUCUUUCCUUGGGAGCAGCCAAAGCAGCUUGAAGAGUAGCAUCAGCCACUAAUAACUUGUGGACCCAUCAGUAAUUAAAUGGCUGCUUAUAAACAAUCAGUUUUAAGGUGUAGUCAUUCCAGUGAGAUCACCGUUAGAUAUUGUUAACAAUUUCAACUACUCAACAUUGCUGAACAGUUUAGAACAUCAACAUGAUUAUCAAAUUGGCAUCAAACAAUUUAUUAAUCAUUCACAUUUUUGUCAUAUGUUAUUAAGUAGUUUUUUAAUCAUUUAUUUGCUAAAAUCCCAAGACAUUGUUGUUAAAGUUAUCCUUAUUAUUAAGUUUUUAUUUUUCGUUUAUAUUUGCAGUUAAAUUAUAGCUUUAUAAGUCAGUUUUUUUUACUGUUUAAUAUCCUUUCAGUAUGAUUUGUAUUAGUUUUUAUACAUCAAAGACUUAGUUUACUAUUUAUCUUUGCAUUUUCAAUAAGUCUGAUUCUUGACAAAUGCAUAAACAAGUGAGUUGACAGACCCAGGCAAGGGCUACCUUGCUUGCAAAUGCUAUGCGACUAUUGCAUCAUUUGUGUUGUGUUUCCGAGAAGAUUUUGGAAAAGAGCUUUUUCGAAAACACACCGGUCUGCCAACAAUAACAUCCUGUUGCAAAGUGGAAAUUGGAACAGGACUGCUCAUCAGAGUUUUACUAAUUUUUAGUCUCACUUCGAGGUGUUGUGUGUCCAAGUGAUUUCUUAUUUCGUAUUCUGCAUCGUCUAUGAGAUAUUUAUUGUACCAUAUAAAUAAAUAUCAUAGAAGCAA